AUGCCCAUCACCUCGGAUGCAUCGACGAGAACCUCCCUUACUGCCUCUCCUCUCGAUCCUCAAGAUGCAAACGAUAUACCCAUCGAGCUCAAAAUCCCUUUGCCUCCUUCAAGAUCAUCCUCGGCACAAGACACUUACGAUAUUGAGGAAAGGAAAAAGGAAACUCCUAAACCCUCCAGCUCGCCCACGCCCGAUAUUAAGCGUUCGGAUCCGCACUUCGAAGAACUUGCCCAAAAUAUUUCUGAUGAUAAGCCAAGACUAGAAGAGAAGCUCACGUCCCCGCCUGUGACAAUACCAAUCCCGCUUGAUCGACUGACGCAGCUGGCGACGGAGGAACAAAAUGAAAUUUACCACGCAAGACUUCUUCAAGCAGAAUCAAGGCAUCUCAGUUUAUCAAAUGGGAUCAACCGAAGGCUAAAAAAUACACUGGGAAUAGCAUACGGCAACAUGAUCGACCAAUAUAAGGGCGACGAUCAAGCUGGUUUCACGGGGCUUUUUGAAGCCUCAGAACGACUGAUAUCCAAAUGUGACUCUCUGAGAGAAAUAUCCGCAGCAGGAGAGCCAACUGUGGAGAAUCCCCUAGAUUCUGGCAAUGAUGUCGGGCCCCUGCAUGAGCUGUCUUUCGAGGAUCAAGCAUCCAUUACGGCUUUCCUCAAUAGAUUACGUUUGGAGGAGGACUAUCUUGCUAGCCUCAUUGUCAACUUGCCACCACCCGACCUUGCGAGGCUGACUUCCUGCUAUCACCCUGCUGGUGUUGAUCUUUCUGUGCUUUCCAACCAUUCACAUGGAAGGACCCAGGCCUGGAGCCGUGACAGCCAGAUGAUGAAAUUAUCUCGCCGUAUGGACAACAUUGAUCUCUUCCAUACCCAUGACCCCUUUUACAUUCUGCUUCAUGGCAUAUUCGAUUCUUCCGCACCAUGGAAUUCUGGAGAACAUCGCCUACGGACGGAGGUCUGGGCCAGCACGUGCGCUUCUGUGAUGAUGGGUGGCAAGUUGGGUAGCGAAGAAUUUGCCAUUGCUACGCUCGACUCCUUCGUUGAUACCGGACAUUGGAUACUGCUCCCCAAAAUAGAAUCAUAUCUCCAGGAGGUCUUGGCUGAAGGCUGGUUUCUUCUGGAUCCUCCCACCAUAGAAUUUUCGGAAAAGGCGGAUUUCCUUGAACCUGACAGAGCGAGCCAUGCUAUUGCUGUCGCAGAAUUUUUCGACAAGUAUACCAGUAGGCUGUUGAGCCUUUUGACCGAGACCUCUAAUUCUGCUGCAAUUGUCCCACAGGGUGUCCUAGAUCUCAUUCACGCGACCCUGCGUCGGAUUCAUGACAAGCAAAUGAGGGAACUGGCAAAGAAAUUCAUCGUCUCAAGAUGGUACUUCGCAAGCUUUCUGACAAGUUUAAUAGUGUAUCCUGAGGUGCGAGGGUCUUUGCUAGAUUAUCACAUCGGUCAAAGUGCUCGAAUGUCAAUACUCAAGGAGCUUGCCCUGCGCUUGCAAUCGCAAGUUUUCUCGGUCCUAGCACCAAGCAGUCUGAGUUUCAUACUUCCUGAGGUCCAAGAUCAAGUCUGGCAGAUUGUGGAUUACUUUGAACCUCCUGAUCCCGCAUAUUAUACUUCUGCCAUAGAUACAUCCAACGCCGGUACUUUACAUCCUGGUCAAUUGGUGCUGAAUCAUUGGGACAUUAUAACCCUUGUCGAGACCCUCCGUCCUCCUGAGGAAGUCACAAGGUCCGAAUCAGCCGUCACCCUUUCCGAGGAUUCGUCAUCCAAGGCCAGCUCAACAACUCUCAAACCUGAGAUACAAGCCGUAAGCGCAUCUGGAGACUUUCUCCCGGAUCGUAAGUAUGCUGAAUCGUCUUCAACUGAUGGUACCCUCAUUGGAGAUGGACCGACUCCAAUGAUCUUGGACCAGAAAGGUGACGGGUCUUAUACACUAGGCCAAACAGAAAACGUUCCAAGGAAUGCGAUGAACAGCCGAGCAUUUCCUGCCAAGAGUCUUGAGAGCAUCUCGCAACAUUUGAGAGGUUUGUCCAAGGGGCGGGUGAAUUCCAUUGCGGAUCCUAGGACUCAAGAUUGGACAUUCUUCGACAUUGCGUCCGCCAACUCGCAAUUAGCGCAAAAGAUUGAUGUGAUGAUUGGGCCUCCUGCAUUACCUGAAGCUUUAUAUGAUACCGAGGAAGCUCGAGCGUUCAGCGGAUCAGAACAGCAGAUCAAAGAUCUGACGAAGGCUUUACUGGCCUUGUUGCAGCCGAACUGGGCUUUUCACUCCGGUGCUUCAAAGCAUGAUGCCAAUAUUAGAUAUCUAGUGGAACAGCGACUUGCAAUUGCAAAGGCAACCCAUGAUUUUGCGGAGGCCCACAAAUGGUGGCGGGCUCUCAAGACUUACGACCAUCUGCAGAGGAUUGAUAAAUCCGGGUCAUUCUACGGAGAUCUUACUCAUAAUCUAGCAAAUUUCCUGCAACAUCGAACUCAAGUCCUUACGAAGCAAAGGGAGCAAUUGCAGUCCAGCAUGAGCCUUCUGACCGCCCGGAAAAGGGCUGAAGAUACCACUCUGGGAACCUUCGAGCAGGAUCGCAAAGAUCUUCGGACUAAGAUGUGGUAUUCUUCAGACGUCAAGAAUUCAGCUCCCUACGAAGAUGCGCUACGUGUGACGAAAGCGCUUCGAGCUAUGGCCAAUCCGAAAAAGCCGAAGCAGGCAGGAGGACUUGCACACUGGGCUCGCCAACGGCUUCGGGGAACCGCACCAUACGACCGAGCUGACAGGCAGGCCUUGGAAGCUAUGGUUGCACCAACGGACCAUGGUGGAUUGAUCAAACUCGGGGAUGAUCAAAUACAGAUGAGCUCAAAAUGGCUGACCAAGAAUAGUAUCGAGAAUUUCUGCAAAGGGGAAGAACGGCUCCACAGGUUCUGUUUCGAGGUCCAAAAGACACUAAAUAAGCUUGUGGGCAUGAACCUCCUAGAAAGUCCUAUAUUAUGGUCAAGCCACCUAUUUCGACGUGAGAAAGCUGGCUUGGACACACGACCUCGUCAGUCCAGCUUGUCUAGCUACUCCCCUUCUCCUUUGACCCCGAUGCCGUGGGCGCAUGAUCCCUCAAACCUACGAUCUCCUACGCGAAGCACGAUGGAUUCUCGGAUUAACGGUCUGAUGGCUCCAAGUGGAGAAUAUGCAAAUACUAGUCUCCCACAGCAGCAAAUGUUCCAGAUGCCUCCUGUUGGCGGGCCAAGGUACCUACCUCCUUCGCUUCCACCAAGUCAAGCUUUCGGCCACCUUUCUCCACCAACCACGCCUUUGUCACCAAGAAUAAGUGACUCCUUUAGUGCUACGUCGCCUGGUAGGCCUGAAGUGGUAUCAAAGUCCAAAGUGGAUUUUGUUGAGGGCCUGAAGAAGAAGGUUCUUCCCCUCCUCAUCAGCGAUCUUGGGUACCUACUGUGGCCACUCGGCAGCGAAACUGACGCAUGGAUCAAUCGAGCGGCAACACAAGUACAAGAUUCAGCCAAGAGCGAAAAAGCCGAUGCUAAUACGCCCAAGCCUCGAGCAGUAGAGCCCAAUGAUCGAUUUUCGGAACAUGGAAAAGAGCCGACCAAUGUCUUUCGGGAUCAGGUGCCUACUGACAGUCUGCGCAAAUCUGGGGAAGAGGCUGGAAAAGGCAAUGUUCAUGAAGACUCCUUCGAUUUCACGAACGCGUACUCGACUCUGCUGCGCAAAAUGUCACUCAGCAGGAACCCAGAGACAAAGCUUCAAAUGCUGUAUGAGCUCGAGGACAUGGUCAUGAAUUCCAUCCAAUACAACAAUCUUGAUCUUUCGCCUUCUUCAUUAUCCUAUCAUUCACACACAAUCGACAAACCAGCCCCAAGCCUCAACAAGACCGUUCCCCGCACCAAGGCCACUUCCCUCGAAGAAGUCAUCGCAAAUUGCACAGAACGCCGCGAGAACACCAUGAAACGUCAACACCAGCGCUCACCUCUUCCACCCUCCUUCCUACUCUCCACCUCGCAACAGUCACCCCUCGGUGCUGACACCAUCGUCACAGCCCUCCUCGGGAUCCUACAAGACCCAACCCUCCGCCCGCGAACCCUCUAUCUCGACCUCCAAUACAUCGCCGCCUUCACCCCCUCUUCCAUCCUCGACCACACCGCACGGGGAAAAGCAUUCUGGGACACCGCCCUCGCCGCCAUGGCGCUCAAAGAAGACAUCCUCGACAACACCAUCAUCGCCCGCGCCAGCAAAAUAACAGACUACCAUCUCAACGCAAACGCCAAACACCCGCCCCAAACCCUCACAUCCACAGACACCCAAGACGAACCAUGGCUCGCGAAAACAAGCCUAAAAGACGCAGCUGAGCUCUACCUCACAGCAGCUAAGGAAGGCAACCCCGCCGCCGCCCGGGAGCUGGCGCUGUUCUACCUCACGCACCCGGGCCUCAUUAAGAGGGUUACUAGACCCUUCAGUAAAGGCAAAGAUGUCUUCGGCACCAUGGCUGCUGAGAGCAGCGGGUUUGGCGGUGGCGGUGGCGGUGGAGGUGGUGGCGCUCUCGAUCCGAGGACUUUUGCUGUCGUGCUGCAUUGGAUGGAUGUUGCGGCUUCGGGCGGCGAUCGCGUGGCGGUGGAGUUUUUGAGGGAUAAUGGUGCGCUUGGGAGUAGAGGACGGGGAGCUUCUUUGUGA